AUGCCUGACUCCACUGAGAACCCCAAAGAAAGUACAGAAGAUCUAAAUGCCAAGGCUAAUGAGGAAGCCAUGGAAUACCUAAGUUACUUAGAGGCGGAAGUUCAGAGACUCAAGAACGAGGAGGAGAGAGAUCAGUUGAUUACGGAGCUGGUAGAGCGAAACGAGUUUUUGGAAAAGGAGAUACAAAGAUUACAGGAGCAAAUUAAAAAUUCGAGCGAUGGGAAGAAAUAA